AUUACACCACCGGAUGUGGGACGCUUAACGUAACUUAACCAUUGCUCAACYCGCUUCCAGUGCUUAAAUUGAACUCGCUCUCGAAGUGGYCUCAGUUGAUUUAAUAUCUUCAAGCAGYUAACUCAAACUUAGGGAGGAAAGAACUUCAAUAUUGUCAUGUCUGUUGUAGCRCAGUUGGUAUUUUCUUGUGUGCUAGUCAGURUCAUCACGAAAGCUCAUUCACUGAAGUGCUAUCAAUGCUUGGCGGACAGUCUAGAAGAAUGUGACAAAAACUCGACUGUUGUGGACUGCAAUCCCGGCACCCCAUGCGGUACCCAAAACGUUACUUUCKCAAUCCAAAAUAUACCAAUAAAGAUAACGUAUAUCAAAAACUGCUUUCCCUUCGCCAACUGUACUAGAUACUACAAUCAGAGCACUGGAUUGCAAGUGAAAUCAUGUAUUUUUACAAGAUGUUCAAAAGAUUAUUGUAAUGGCGUUACACCGACGACAGCGGUUCCCGUGACCAUGACGAAGGCUACAGGCACAGGAGAUGUACAUAGCGCCAAAAACCCUUCAAGUACCUCUUCGAAGCUCCAUUGGGAAAUGCCAAUUGUUGUGACUAUUAUGAAUGGUUUAGUGUCUUGGCGUAUUGUAUAGCUGUGAUUCAGUAUCGCAUUUCUCUUGUAAAGUUUUUURGUACUGUAUAAGAAGUGAAAAAUUGUGGUAUUUUUAGAUAAAAAUUAAAUGUGCCUUCGUUUUGCUCAAACUUGUUACAGUAUGCACAUUAGCUAAUAGUAAUUAGUAGUGUGCUAGUGCAAAUAAGAAAUACUGUAUUCUUUAUACAUCAUUCUAUAUACGUUUCCUCACUGAUUAUAAACAUAAAAAAACCUGUAAAUAUUCAACUUGAUAAAUCACAACAAUAAACAUUUUACAAUCCUGAUUGAA